UGACAAUGGAGGCAUAAUAAAGUCAGAGAUGAAAAGCUGCAACAAAAGGUAAUCAGCAAUGGCGCCAAUACUCAACUACCGGGAAACAUCAAGGGCGGUUUCUCCUGCUCUUAUCCGCCGCUAUCAUUAUUCCGAUCAAGAAAUUAGAACCUCUACUGCACCGCCAGAGACUCUAACAAAUUCUCCGCCGGUUCCGUCCGCUUCUGCUCCUUCAUCUUCUUCUAAUUCUCAAGACAAGAAGAAGAAGUCAACGCUUACGCCACUACGACGCCGUUCAACACCAACGGCAGCAAGUCAAACUAAGUCUACACCUUCUUCAUCAGUACUCCCUCGAGAGUCAACGGCUAGUAAACCACCGCCAGAUACCGGAAGAAAUCCUCCGCCGGCUCCGUCCGCUUCUGCUCCUUCAUCUUCAUCUAACUCUCAAGACAAGAAGAACAAGUCAACGCCUACGCCACUACGACGCCGUUCAACGCCAACAACAGCAAGCAAAACUAAGUCUACACCUUCUUCAUCAGUACUCCCUCAAGAGGAAAUCAAGAGCAAUGGACUACAUCUGAAAGCUACAGUUGAUAUAACAGUUAUGGAUCCUGCGGUAUUGGAUGAUGUUAUUUCACGCCUGUUAGAAAAUAGGCCUGGCAAGCUGGUACAUCUCUCGGAAGCUGAGAUCAGGCAGCUAUGUAUCGCUGGUCGAGAGAUAUUUCUUCGACAGCCUAAUUUGCUUGAGCUUGAAGCGCCCAUCACCAUCUGCGGUGACAUUCACGGGCAAUACUCUGAUCUGUUAAGGCUUUUCGAAUAUGGAGGUUUUCCUCCUGCAACCAAUUAUUUGUUUUUGGGAGACUAUGUUGAUUAUGGCAAGCAGAGUAUUGAAACUAUUUGUCUUUUACUUGCCUACAAGAUUAAAUAUCCAGACAACUUCUUUCUUCUGAGAGGAUGUCAUGAAUGUGCUUCUAUUAAUCGGAUAAAUGGAUUUUAUGAUGAAUGUAAGCGGAGGUAUAAUGUGAGGAUGUGGAAGAUAUUCAUCGACUGUUUCAACUGCCUUCCUGCUGCGGCUCUUGUAGAUGAUAAGAUCUUGUGUAUGCAUGGAGGUCUUUCCCCCGACUUGACAAGUCUGGAUCAAAUUAGAAAUAUACUUCGUCCAACUGAUGUUCCAGACAGUGGUUUACUUUGUGAUUUGCUAUGGUCGGAUCCUGCUAGAGAUGUACAAGGAUGGGGUAUGAAUGAUAGAGGAGCUUCAUACACCUUUGGCCCCGAUAAAGUGUCAGAAUUCAUGAUAAAGCAUGACUUAGAUCUUAUUUGUCGCGCUCAUCAGGUGGUGGAGGAUGGAUAUGAAUUCUUUGCAGACAGGCAACUUGUUACUAUAUUUUCAGCACCAAACUACGGUGGUGAAUAUGAUAAUGCUGGAGCUAUGAUGAGCAUAGAUGAGAGCCUGAUGUGUUCCUUUCGGAUAUUGAAGCCAGUGGAGAGAAAAACUUCAUUCGGUACCAAAUAAGUCUGAUGACAGGAAUUUCUUAAACCGGAUUUAUGAAUCAUGCAUGGACCCAACCAAUCAAAAGAUAGAAAAAAAUGUAUGAAAUUGUUUUUAAUAUUUGAUUGGUUAUGUCCAUUCAUCAUUUAUGGAUCCGGUCUAUAUAAGAAUUUCCCAUUUGAUGACAGCAACAUCAAUGAUCUCAAAAUAUUCAUUAUGCUCGAGUAUAAAACACGAGUGUUUAUCCCACACAACGGAUGUGCCACGUCAUUUUUAUAACAAGCCAAUAAACAUUUGCGAUAGGAAAUCUUUAUUUAUUUCUUAAUUUUUUAUCAUUAAAUAUUUGCACAUGCCCAACGCCUCAUUGGUUUGUUGCACGAAUGACGUGACGCCACCGUUGCGUAGUAUAAUUAUUCAUAAAACACACUUAUAUGAUUAUUUUUCUUCCUUUUUUGAUGUAAAUUGAUAAAGGAAAGAGAAUCUUUAUUUGUUAAGUAUUUAAUUGAAACUUGUUGAUUGAUUAGACUA